GGGAGAAAAUGCCCCGUCUCAAGUUUACACUCCAAAUGACCAUUAUGAUACCUCCUUCAAACACCUGACCCUACUGCGCCAAAGCACGUAGACUACCGUAAAAUGCCUUCACCGCAUCGGUCCAGCCAUGAACACUUUACCCCCGCCACCACCAAGCAAACACAACCUUUAUUAAUGCUUUCACCUACUGACUGGGCCUCUUUCCUGACCGUCAUGGCCGAUACCCUCCGCCUCACACCGGAAGCCCUCUCAAUGGCAUACGUCUACCUCCACCGCUAUAAUCGCUGGGCAUCGGAAGAAUCUUGCUCGCCGCUGGACGAUCAUGUACCCGCUUUUAUCCCAUUUCAUUCAAGUUACCCCUUUUCGGCCCUAGCUAACGAGAUCCAAAGACACUGUGCCUCGCCUCCCUCUCCCUCUCUACAAAGGCCACCGAAUCGCCCAGAAGACUUCGCGAGCUUCUUGUGCCGGCAUAUGCUCACCUGCACCCGUCUUCGCCCCCGCUGACCUUCCCUUCGCCCUUGUACGACUCGCUCAGGUCAACGGUUGUGGCUGCGGAAUUACUGCUGCUUCGCGUACUGCGGUUCGACUUGCGUGUUCCGUUGCCCUAUGACUUUCUACCAAGAUUUCUUGAGAAGGUUUUGCCACCGGUAGCGACCCCCGGAGAGGAGGAGUGCGCGGAGACUAAGAUUGUAGAUAUCUGUGAGACGGGGCUCGGGAGGGAGGUUUGGGGUGUUGUUGGGAGAGUUAUGACUAGCUAUAAGAUUUGCAACUUCUUUCCCGCGAGGAGCGUUGCAGCGGCUUGUUUGUUUCAUGUGGCUUUGAAACGAGGGCUGAGGAUUGGAGAUGGUUCGGCAAAGGAAUGGGUGAAGAGGUUGACUGGAGGGAAAGUUGAACAUGAGGAUUUUGUGGAAGCUUUGGAGGAAAUCGACAAUUUGUGUGGUGCAAGUUCUGAAGCCCGGCGUCAAGGUGGGAGAGAGAUUUUACGAGUUGGCUGAUGGCUUUGAACCACAAUUGAUCGGCUACACAUCGUGAGUGGGAUGCUUGUGUCUGGCACUUGUAUCCUAGACCUUACUCAUUACAUACUUAAUGCACAUAGUCCUCAAGGGAGAGUAAAAUCUCAUUCUGUUUUGCU